AUGGAAAGUGAACACAAUGUACAACAAAACCAGAAUCUCUCUCCUGAGCAAAUCGAAGAACUGUACCAGCAAUUUGCCGCUCGAUUUCGAAUCGAAGAAGAACAACGAAAACACUAUCAACUUAUCCUCCCAGAGGCCAUUCAGACAGACCUGGAAGAGGCUCCCAAAUUGGAGAUGCAGUCAAACAUCAAAAAACACAUCCGUGAUCUUCCCAACUACGAAGGAGGUGACUGGACAAUCAAUGAGACAAUCAAUAAAGAGUUUACACCUGACAUCAAGCGAUUCCAGAUCGAUGCUUACCAAGCCCUUCAAAGUCGUUACAAAGAUGCGGAAAGAAUCCGCAACACAGCAAAGGCAGCCAUAGAUAUCUACGAAGACUUGGUCUACAUAUCCACGCAUAACACAGAUCCAACCGCUUUCGCAAACAUCAUCGAAAAAGCAAGGAGAUGGGCGAUUUAUGGCUUCAUCACAGCAAGGGAUAUCGAUAGAGAAGCACGAGAUUUGGCCAUUAAAGCACUUAAACUUCCUUCCACUCUUAAAUAUCUCGAAACAAGUCAAGAGGAAAACAAACGAAUGGCAUUCUCUCCCGAGUCUGUCAAGGAGAUUGCCCAAGCCAGAUUCGAAACAGCUCUUUUACAACGAGCAGCCAACAGUCGGUUCACGAGUUAUAGACAGGGGUACAACAACCCCCGAGGCUCAGCUCAUCGAGUUAGAGGACAGGGAAGAGGACGAUAUUUUUUUGGAAGAACCAAUUACAAACAACAGCAACCAACAGAGAAGCUCCAACAUACGAAUUCAAACCCAGCAAGCCAACAGCAGUAA